CAGCUCGUUCGUGGGGUUACGUAGUCGUGUCGCGGGGCACCCACGUCACGCUGAUGAGUACGCUAGCCACGACUUCAUCCUGAGACAGAAGGAGGGAGAGAGACAGAGAAAAACGCGUGUGUGUAGGAGCGCAUAGGUAGACCAAAAUCGAAUCCCAAAGUGGAGUGAGUCACUCGAAUAGUUUUUACAGUAUUUCCUAAAUAAAAAGCACGUAUAUACACGGCUCUUAUCUUGGGUGGAUUGGGUGUCACGUGUCUCGUUGCUGAGGGACUCUUCUCCAACAAAGAGUGCAUAUACGUACGCGAUUCUAUAUUGGCGGAGAGCCAGUUAUCGCGAGAGCAAAAGUAGUAUCGGUCAAAGUAGUGGUGAAUGUCGCGAUGGCAAAAGAUUCUGAGAAGAUGCGCGUGCAUUUCCGCUUCUUUUUUUUUCUAAUUUCAAUUUCAUUUCAUUCGAUUUGAAGUGAGUGAAACCACAAAAUUGAUUCGCAGUGGCGACCGAUACCUCUCGAGAGAGUCUUGAGAAACCGGUGGUUUCCUAGGCUCUGAUUCAUCCCCAAACGUACCGAACGAUGGUCGAUUACUACAAGGUGCUCGACGUACAGCGGACCGCUAGCAGCGCUGACAUCAAAAAGGCGUAUAGAAAGUUGGCAUUAAAAUGGCAUCCGGACAAAAAUCCAGAUAAUUUGGAAGAAGCGAAUAAAAAAUUCAAGGAAAUUUCGGAAGCAUACGAAGUCUUGAGCGACGAUGUGAAGAGACGCACUUAUGAUCAACACUUGUAUCAGAGGGCGGCAUCAAGGCCCGGCCGUGGGUUCACCUUCCGGAGUUUCUUUGAUUCUCCUUUCCAGCGAUACUUCGAGAAGAAGAGGCGUGUUUACGAUCAAUAUGGCAAGGACGGUCUUCAAAUGCCUGGAGGCAAACGACGCCACGGAGAUGAUUUUGAAUCGCAUUUCGGCGGCCCGUUCGUUUUCAGAGAUCCUGAGGAAGUAUUUAGAGAAUUUUUUGGUGGAGUACCGUUCGAAGAUUUGUUCGCCGGUUUUCACGGCGGUGGUUCCCGGAGAGGUGCAGGAGGGAGACAUGGUCACUCGACUAGUAAUAGUCUGAGUACUUCUUUCUUUGGGCCCUUUGGAUUCGGCGGCUUUCGUUUCCCGUUUAAUGAUUUAAUGGAGAAUGCCAGUACUGCAGGAAACUUCACCUCUUUCGGUACUUUUACUAGUUUCGACGGAACGAGCGGUGGCAGUGCUGUGAAACGUACCAGCACUUCGACUCGUUUCAUCGAUGGAAAGAAAAUUACGACCAAAAAAGUCUACGAAAAUGGAAAAGAAACGAUAAUGUCUUAUGAAAAUGAUGUACUGAAAUCGAAGACAGUGAACGGAGUACCACAAUCAAUAACGUUCGACGAAGCAUCGACGAGUCGUCAAGUCUGUGAGAACGUCAACGAUAACACGAUGGGUAACCACAGCUCGAACGCGACCUGCGGCGACUAUCUAAAAGCUAGCAGAAUAAAGACGCGUCAUCAUCCGCACAUGAAUAAGAAGCACGAUAGAAGUAAGAGGAAAUAAAUUGCUUCGCUCUUGUCUCAAGUUCCUUGUGUAUCCAAGUCGACGAAUGUGCGCUCCUGAUAUACUCGACAGAUUUGAUUGCGGGUAAAUUUUUGUCUUGUUGAUAUACUACGCUAUUCUAUUCUAUUAUUCUGGCAAAACUUCAUAAAUUGAUAAACAAUUAAAAUGUCGAUAAUCUGUGUACGAAUUAAGAGGGAGAGUAAUAUCCUAUAAAUGAUUACAACACGACUGGCUUGACAUAUCCACGCGGUUCAUAUAAUAAAGAAGUAUUUCAAAAAAA